AUGGUUCUUAGAGUUGUUUCCAAAGUUCGCUUACGAAAUGGCACUGCGCCGUCAGUAUUUUCUCCGUACGAGCUUUACACCAAAAUUCUUCCCCUGAGGACUCUCGCACCAGAGACCAACGUGGAUGAAAGUUUCAUGAUUUGUGAAAGUCGAUUUGAUGAAUCAGUCCACCUCGGCAUGGUUUCGGUGUCGUGGAAUAGCCCUCAAACCACGGAUGUUGGACGCUCAGGAGAUUACUUCGUGGAGGUUUGGCGAGACGAGGUGCUUCACCGUGUCGGAUCUAAGCUGGGGCUUCGAUCUCCAAGCUACAAUCAAAGCGCCUAUGGAAGGUAUACAUGCAUAUUCGAAUAUAAGGGCGCUGGACUCGUGAAAUGGGAUGUUUAUCUUAACGUGGCACCUAUCCUGACAUUGUCGUCGGUACCGCCUCCACCACCCCUACUGGCAUCUGCUUUGACUGAUCCCCGAUGCACCCAAAGACCCGAAUUUCAUGACCUGGUACAACGCUGGCGACAGGCGUGCCGCGUGGUGCUGGCGUACCCCCCUGUCGCACCGUCCAAUCACUUUUGGAAUUGGAGCAACGCGGAGAACGCCGUCGCUGUGAUUAGGAACACUGCGAAGCGUGAAAGCGCGAACCAACCGGUAGACCAAUCGGACGUCAGUAGUCUGGGCGACUGUCCAGGGCUGGUUGUGCGACAGAACGCUAGCGUGCCGGUCAUUGGACCCACCGUCUUCUGGUGCUAUGCCGAAAACGAGAUCGGCCCCUCUGGGAUCUGGUGGCCACACGCUCACGACUCCUCUGGAAUCCUCUCAUCGAUGUUGUGGUGGUUGGGAUUUCUAGCGGUGCAGAUUAUGUGCGGAGUGGCAUUGAUGGCCUGGUGGUUUCGCCUUCGUCGUCGUCGCAUCUACCGGCUAACACUUCAGGAGGGGCGCGUGUUAGACGCCAUGGACGCGCGCAGUCUGGUGGUAGUGGGUCCAGACGACGCCGGCGAGCACCUUCAAAGGAACCGGAAACCGCCCAAGGACUUCCUUGAGAUGCAAUCCACGGCACUUCAGCCGUCAGUGGGAUAA